GGAAGAGUCUUAGUUCAAUUUCUAUAUAAUACAUCUUUGGUGAGGGAUGAACUUGAUUAAGCUUCAAAUCAAGGAUUAAUCUUAUAAGUUAUCUAAUUAGUCGAAACUUAUGGGAUACUUUAAGAAUUGUAACGGUGGUUAAAAAAAAAACUGACGUAUGAGGGAAGAGUCAAGUAAAUAUAUUGAGUCCCAUUCUCUCUCUAUUUAAUUUGUAUCGAUAAAUAUAAAAGGUGUUGUUGAUUGAGUUUUUGUGGUUCGUUUGGUUUCGAUUGAAGAACCCUUCUUUUGCUCCACGUUACUUCACUCUCAACCGUUCGACUCGUUCGAUAUCAACCGAGUUGACUCAGAUCUCUAAGACGCAGAGCAUAAUUAAUUGACACAUUCAUCACACCACAGCAACACAGCCCUGAUUUAUCUUUUUCUGCCUUUGUUAUGGAGGAGCAAUUCAUACUUAGAGUUCCACCUAAUGUGGCAGAGCGGAUAGAGCGUCUUCUGAAUGAAAACAAUGCUUCUUCAUCUGAAGACAAGUCACUAGAUUUGUCAUUUAGAGAGGAUGGAAGAAGUGGUACGUUUAUGAUUGGGAAUGAACAAUUCCCAGCUUCUCUAUUGGAUCUUCCUUGCGUUGUUGAAUCCUAUAAGACUUAUGAUGAUAACUCUUUGAUUAAGACUGCCGAUAUUGGUCAGAUGAUUAUGGUGAGGGAAUCUGGUGAUGCUGCUCCAGAUGUAAUUGAGUACAGACAUGGCCUCACUCCACCCAUGAGAGAUGCUCGCAAGCGUAGAUUUCGCAGGGAGCCUGAUCUUAAUCCUGAGCUUGUCUCCCGUGUUGAGAAAGAUCUUCUCAAAAUCAUGGCUGGAGGAACAGCGGACAAUCUUGAUGUGGAAACAGCUGAGCAAGAAGAAGGGGAUGAGAAUGCCCGAGGUGCUAAUAAAAAAUCUGCACCUAAGCCUGCACCAAAACAUGAUAUUCCAGAGAAUCUUACUAAUGCAGGAGAAGCUGACAGGAGUGAUUCUGAGGAAUCUGAUGACUCAGUCUGACCAAAUCAACUACCAAAAGAAUAUUUAUAUCACAAUGAUGAAAUGAAAGCCUGUAUAGUAUAACUUUCGCAGUUAAAUUUGAAUUCCAUCCAGCCUUAAAAUCUCACCUACAGUAGAUUUUCCAUUGUAGGUGAUCUGUAUACACUGUUUUGUAUUUUACAAAUCGUGCAUUUUCUCGCUAUCUUUUACAAA